CCCAAAUUGAAGUUUUAUUCACCCAAAAAAAGUUGUUCCUUGAUUUCAUUUUACGCAAAGUAGAAGUUCAUCCGAUUCAUGUGAAUUGUGUCACACUUUUCUUCAGUUUCAUGCAACUACUUACUGUACUCACUGCUCUCAAUUGAUAUUACAAAGAGUAAAUCUUAUACUGAAUUCUUAAUUCUUACAUUUCGAUUUGAUUCAAAGUAGAUCAUAUACAAAUUUACCCGAAAUCUUGAAAAUGAAUCCUUUUCCUCUACUUAAGUCUUGAGUCUUGAAUUUGUAGUUGUGAAACUAGAUCUCAAUUCUCGAUCAAAUGAAGCGAAGAUCAAGCUUUCAGAACAGGUCUCACUGUCAGCAUAAAUGGAAGAGAAGGGUAUUGAUGGUGGUUCUUCUGGGGAUUUGUGUGGGGAGCAUUUUCCUUAUUGAAUCAAGUACUUACCCUAAUAGCAUGAAUUUGUUCAUGCCAUUGUCGAACCCAUUUGCGCAAAAACCCAAGAUUGCUUUCCUCUUUAUUGCUCGAAAUCGUCUUCCUCUUGAUUUUGUCUGGGAUGCUUUUUUUCAAGCGGACAAGGACAAAAAGUUUUCUGUGUAUGUUCAUUCUAGACCUGGGUUCUUAUUCCACAAGGCAACAACAAAGUCCCUGUUUUUUUUGAACCGUCAAGUUAAUAAUAGUGUACAGGUAGAUUGGGGAGAAGCUAGUAUGAUUCAGGCAGAGCGAAUUCUGCUUGAAAAUGCUCUUACUGAUCCUGCUAACGAACGAUUUGUUUUCCUGUCAGAUAGCUGUAUACCUCUCUACAACUUUAGCUAUACCUAUGAUUAUAUCAUGUCAACAUCUACCAGUUUUGUUGACAGUUUUGCUGACACAAAGGAGGGACGUUACAACCCAAAGAUGGAUCCUGUUAUUCCUGUCAACAAUUGGCGCAAAGGUUCUCAGUGGGUUGUGCUGAACAGGAAUCAUGCGGAAGUCGUCGUAAAAGAUGAAACUGUUUUCCCAGUAUUUCAGCAGCAUUGCAAGAGAAAGUCACUCCCAGAAUUUUGGCGUGAUCAACCCUUUUCUGGUGAUAAUUCUAAGGAGCACAACUGCAUACCGGAUGAACAUUAUGUUCAAACAUUACUUGCACAAGAAGGCUUCAAAGGAGAGAUUACAAGAAGAUCUUUGACACAUACUGCUUGGGAUAUUCCAUCCUCUAUAGAGCAUGAUAGACGUGGAUGGCAUCCAGUAACAUACAAAUUUUCAGACGCAACCUCUGAGUUACUUCGCUCUAUUAAGGAAAUAGACAACAUCUACUUCGAGACGGAAAACCGAAGAGAAUGGUGCAGUAGCAAGGGAAAACCUUCCCCUUGUUUUCUCUUUGCUAGAAAAUUUACUCGGCCUGCUGCCAUCCGUUUACUUAAUUUGUCUCUGUUAGGUACGUAGGCUGGAAAGAAGAGACGGAGCUAUAAAAGUUAAUAGGUAGUUUCGUCUACACGCCUGCAUGCUGAAGCAUUAGGAGCUCGUGUCGUAUAUGGAGGAACAAUAAGAAGCUGAUGAGGCUGUGUAGCAGUAUAGGAAAAUUUACACUACAUUAUUAGAAACAUCUUCGCUUUCAUUUUAUUUGGUGCACAUAACCUACAUUGCCCAAGGUGAAGAUGAAGUUGAUCACUAGUCUUGAAUUUGUUUAGUUUAUUAGCAAAAUACAUAUGUAUUUCACAUUGUUACUCCAUUUUUGUAAUAUAUUUCUAGUGUUUCCUUGAUUUUGCUAUAA